AUGGCUUCUACUUCUCCAUUCUCCUCGUUGCAACACGCACUCGAUGUGGCCUCCGAUAUUUGGUAUAACAAGAUUAAUGUGCAUUCUUGGCUGAUAGCACUCAAUGCUCAUAACAAUAUCUGUGAAAAGUCGCCCUCCUCACAUGCAUUCUACACUAGUGCCCCAUCUUCUGCUAUGGAUUCUAGUAUAGAGGAGAUAUAUGCACUUAGCGUGCAGUAUCUGCAUAGGCAUGAAUUUUCAUAUUUUACUAUUUCUUCUGACUGGGAUGCAAAUGUUAUAUUAAUGGAUCUAAAGACAAGCGUUAAAACCAAGCCAUCAUGUGAGCUUGAGUGGGCACGUCGAAAACAAUUUAUCAUCAUAGAGCAAUACAUUUCAAAGUUUUUUCAAAAGAAAGGAUAUAUUCGCUCUACAACUGAAUCACUAGAAGCCCAGGCUGCGAUAAAGGAUUUUGAUCUCAACAAGAAGCCAUUCUGA